AGCGGGUCCGUUAUGUAUAACAAAGAUCGUCCGGCGCUCAGCACUGUUGAGGGCCUUCAAAGGGCCAAACAAUUGGCCCGUCGUUUGAAUUGCGAUGAAUAUGACUACAAAUGGUUGGACUGUUUGCGUGCAAUCGACGACCCGAAUUUGUUUAUUGAGAAACCAGAUUUUGAUGUGGAACUAAUGACCGGUGCGACGAAAGACGAGGGGCUAUCUCUAGCUAUGAUGUUAUACCCAGAAAUGUCAACCGAUAUGACUGAACACCAGUUGCGAGAACUUGUGAUCAGAUUGAGUGACGAAUACCGCAAUAUAAAUGUAGACAAAGUGUGCGAUCAUUAUCUCAAAGGUGUUGACAAAACAAAUUCAUUGCAACUAAAGGCAGCGUUUAGUGCAUUAUAUGGCGAUUUAGUGAUGACUUGUCCCACAUAUUUGUUUGCAAAAAAUGUGGCCAAAAGUGGACAAAAUGUUCAAUAUUUUGCCAAAAUGUUUGGCGAUACCGGAGACGCCGUAUGUCACGGCGCGGACAUACCUUUCGUUUACGGACUUCCCUUAAGAUAUCCGCAACAGUUUAGCGAAACUGAAUAUGACUUUAUAAAGCACAUGACGUUUGGCCACAACUUUGGGACAAAUCUGUGAUUCGAGUGAAAGACUUGAAUCCCA